AUGAUUAUUACUGACCAAGAUCCUGCUAUGACUAAAGCCAUUACAGAAGCACUCCCACACACAUUUCAUAGAUUUUGUAGUUGGCACAUUCUUAAUAAGUUCUCGAAGAAGCUAGAUGGGCUUAAAUAUCAGAAGUACUACCAAAUAUUUCAUAGUUGCAUAUGUAAUUCGAAUAGUGCAGAAGAGUUUGACUCAAGAUGGACUGAAAUUAUUGAGAAUAAUGGACUGAGUGAUAACACAUGGUUGGAGUCGAUAUACAAAAUUCGUUCGUCAUGGAUACCAACACUUGUAAAUCAUUGUUUCUCAGCUAGAAUGUCAACUAGUCAAAGAGUUGAUAGUCAACAUUCUUUCUUCAAGAAUUAUGUAUUUGAGUUGAACUUGUUGGUGGACUUUGUGGUUCAUUUUAAGAGGGAGCUUCUUCACCAACGCCACAAUGAACUAGAGGAGGAUGAUGAUCAUAUUAAUAUUGAAGAGAAGCCAAAAACUGCCAUGUCCCUUGAUAUUGAAGAUCAUAUGGCCAAGGUUUAUACACGCAAGUUCUUUUAUGAAGUUCAAGAACAAUUGAAAGAAAGCUUCAAAUAUAAACUUGAACUUGUUAGAGAAAAUGUCACUCAUUGUGUGUUUAAGGUCAUACGAAAGAACAUUGAUACUUGUAAGUUUCGUGAACUAACUUCUGAAAAAGAGUCUGAUUUUGCUUCAUGCAGAUGUAGAAAGUGGGAGAGUGAAAGGGUGCCGUAUCGACAUGUUCUUUCAUAUUUGAUUAAAAUUCAAGAUGUUGAUAAAUUGCCUAUUCAGUACAUCAUAAAGAGAUGGACUAAAGCUGCAAGACAAAAGUUUGUGUUUGAUUCUGAUGGAUUAGAGAUAAAAGAUCACAUAUUCCAUUUCAACCCUUUUGACUUUAAGAUUUCCGAUUUGAAUCGGAUUAAGGGGAUUUUAGUAUUUUCCGCUAAAGCAUUUUUUUAG